CCUUCUCUUCUCUUCUCUCUCUUGUCCACUUCCUUGAAUCUUGAAAUUGUCCUUACAAAACCCCAAACCAUAAUCACUUGAUUCCUAUGUUUUUCCCCACACAUUUUCAAAUCACUCCACUUUUUACCUGUUUUUAUUCAUUGAUCUGUUACCACCGUAGGUUCUGAUUUGAUCACACACUUGAUAUAUUCAUAAAGGGGAAUGUAGCAUUUGAUCAUAUAAAUAAUUGGGUUUGAGCUUAACUUUUCGGCAGCAAGGAGCAAGGGAGUGGGAGCUUAGUAGGUGGUGGGGGGACAUUAGAUCUGAUUGAGUUCACACCAUCUCAUUCUUUAUCCCUAUAUGUUUAGAUUAUAUCCUAUAGAAGCAUGGAAACUUGUUUCUUUUAAUCGUACUCGAUUCGUUGCUGAAACUUUAAGUAUUUUCGUGCAGAUAUUCAAAAGCUGUCACUUCCUUCUAGGACUGAACUAGAACGGGAGGAAGUAACUUAAUUGUGCAGUGACUGGACGAGGGAAGUUGUAGUUCAUGGUGCAUAGCGCAUUGUAUAUUGUAGUGCCACUCCUCAACUUCAGACAGAACUUUUACCACUUUCUUCUUUUCUUUUGGUAUUUCCUUUUUAGCCGAUCCUGAUUUUGAGAUUUCUUCCCGAGGGGCAACACCUGCUCAUUCUUCACUUUUCUUUAUUUCGGCAUUUAGAUUCUGAAAAGGGCUGUUGCAUCUUAGCUACAUAGAUAAGUAGUUAUGGUAUUCUAGCUGCUGCCAUUUUAUGCGGUGUAGAAGAUGGCGCUACAUUCUGAGGAAGAGAAAAAAGAGGAUUACCUUUUCAAGAUUGUUUUGAUUGGUGAUUCUGCAGUCGGAAAAUCCAAUUUGCUUGCCAGAUUUGCUAGAGAUGAAUUCUAUCCAAACUCAAAAUCGACAAUUGGAGUAGAAUUUCAGACCCAAAAGAUGGACAUCAACGGAAAGGAGGUUAAAGCGCAGAUAUGGGAUACAGCUGGUCAAGAACGAUUUCGAGCAGUUACUUCUGCAUAUUAUAGGGGUGCAGUUGGAGCGCUUCUGGUUUACGAUAUCAGUAGGCGCCCGACUUUUGAUAGCAUUGGUCGAUGGCUUAAUGAACUUCAGACUCAUUCCGACAUGAAUGUGGUUACAAUACUCGUUGGCAACAAAUCUGAUCUCAAAGAUGCACGGGAGGUUACAACAGCUGAAGGCAAAGCGUUGGCUGAGGCAAAGGGACUAUUUUUCAUAGAAACUUCAGCUUUGGAUUCGUCAAAUGUAGCCUCUGCUUUUCAGACGGUUGUUAGGGAGAUCUAUAAUAUUCUGAGCAGGAAGGUUAUUCAAUCUCAAGAGCUCCAGAAAAAGGAUUCGGGUCGACUAGCAAAUGGUAAGACUGUGGUUUUGCAAGCUGAUGGAAACCACGAAACAGAUGCAGAAACAAAGAAAGGUGGAUGUUGUUCAUCUUAAGCUAUAGUAUGGGGAGGACAUUUUCCUAUUGUGAGGCCUAAGACAAGUCAACAUUUCUUCUCCCAUUGAUGCAAUUCAAUUUCUUGUUACUGUUGAAGAAAAAGUUAAAACUUUCUUUCAAUGUUGUAGGAAAACUUUCUUUGGAAAAUGUAAAUUAUCUCAAGGGGAGAAGAACCUUUUUUUGACUGUUUUUGAGUUUUCA